AUGGACACCGCCGAGGAAGACAUAUGUAGAGUGUGUCGGUCAGAAGGAACACCUGAGAAACCUCUUUAUCAUCCUUGUGUAUGUACUGGCAGUAUUAAGUUUAUCCAUCAAGAAUGCUUAGUUCAGUGGCUGAAACACAGUCGAAAAGAAUACUGUGAAUUAUGCAAGCACAGAUUUGCUUUCACACCAAUUUAUUCCCCAGAUAUGCCUUCACGGCUUCCAAUCCAAGACAUAUUUGCUGGACUGGUUACAAGUAUUGGCACUGCAAUACGAUAUUGGUUUCAUUAUACACUUGUGGCCUUCGCAUGGUUGGGAGUUGUUCCUCUCACAGCAUGCCGCAUCUACAAGUGUUUGUUUACUGGCUCCGUGAGCUCACUACUGACACUGCCACUGGACAUGCUGUCUACGGACAACUUAUUGGCAGAUUGUUUGCAGGGUUGUUUUGUGGUGACGUGCACAUUGUGCGCAUUCAUCAGCCUGGUGUGGUUGCGAGAGCAGAUUGUCCAUGGGGGAGCACCAAUUUGGUUGGAUCAUGCUGUUCCUCCCUUCAAUGCUGCUGGACACCACCAAAAUGAGGCUCCCGCCGGAGGAAAUGGUGCUGAAAAUGUUGCCCCUGACCAGCCUGCCAACCCACCAGCUGAGAAUGCAGUGGUGGGGGAAAACCCAGAUGCCCAGGAUGAUCAGGCGGAAGAAGAGGAGGAAGAGAACGAGGAGGAAGAUGAGGCAGGUGGAGAAGAUGCAGCGGAUGCCAACAACGGGGCCCAGGAUGACAUGAACUGGAAUGCUUUAGAAUGGGACAGAGCUGCAGAAGAGCUUACAUGGGAAAGAAUGCUAGGACUUGAUGGAUCACUAGUUUUUCUAGAACAUGUCUUCUGGGUGGUGUCUUUAAACACACUGUUCAUUCUUGUUUUUGCGUUUUGCCCUUACCACAUUGGUCAUUUCUCCCUUGUUGGUUUGGGAUUUGAAGAACAUGUCCAAGCAUCUCAUUUUGAAGGCCUAAUCACAACCAUAGUUGGGUAUAUACUUUUAGCAAUAACUCUGAUAAUCUGUCAUGGCUUGGCAACUCUUGUUAAAUUUCAUAGGUCUCGUCGUUUGCUGGGAGUCUGCUACAUUGUUGUUAAGGUCUCUUUGCUAGUGGUGGUAGAAAUUGGCGUGUUCCCUCUCAUUUGUGGCUGGUGGCUGGAUAUCUGUUCCCUGGAAAUGUUUGAUGCUACUCUGAAAGAUCGAGAACUGAGCUUUCAAUCAGCUCCAGGCACUACCAUGUUUCUGCACUGGCUAGUGGGAAUGGUGUAUGUGUUCUACUUUGCUUCUUUCAUUCUGUUACUGAGAGAGGUACUUCGACCUGGUGUCUUGUGGUUUCUAAGGAAUUUGAAUGAUCCAGAUUUUAAUCCAGUACAAGAAAUGAUCCAUUUGCCCAUUUAUAGGCAUCUUCGAAGAUUUAUUUUGUCAGUGAUUGUCUUUGGCUCCAUUGUCCUUCUGAUGCUUUGGCUUCCUAUACGUAUAAUUAAGAGUCUGCUGCCUAAUUUUCUGCCAUACAAUGUCAUGCUGUACAGUGAUGCUCCGGUGAGUGAACUGUCCCUUGAGCUACUUCUGCUUCAGGUUGUCUUGCCAGCGUUACUUGAACAGGGACACACACGGCAGUGGCUGAAGGGGCUUGUGCGAGCAUGGACCGUUACUGCUGGAUACAUGCUGGAUCUUCAUUCCUAUUUAUUGGGAGACCAGGAAGAAAAUGAGAACAGUGCAAACCAACAAGUUAACAAUAACCAGCAUGCUCGAAAUAACAAUGCUAUUCCUGUGGUGGGUGAAGGCCUGCAUGCAGCCCACCAAGCCAUACUCCAGCAGGGAGGGCCUGUUGGCUUUCAGCCUUAUCGCCGGCCUUUAAAUUUUCCACUCAGGAUAUUUUUGUUGAUUGUCUUCAUGUGCAUAACCUUACUGAUUGCCAGCCUCAUCUGCCUUACUCUUCCAGUAUUUGCUGGCCGCUGGUUAAUGUCGUUUUGGACAGGGUCUGCCAAAAUUCAUGAGCUUUACACAGCUGCUUGUGGUCUCUAUGUUUGCUGGCUGACCAUAAGGGCAGUGACAGUGCUGGUGGCCUGGAUGCCCCAAGGACGAAGAGUGAUCUUCCAGAAGGUUAAAGAGUGGUCCCUUAUGAUAAUGAAGACUUUGAUAGUUGCAGUGCUGCUGGCUGGAGUUGUCCCACUCCUUCUGGGACUCCUGUUUGAGCUGGUUAUUGUUGCUCCCCUGAGGGUUCCCUUGGAUCAGACUCCCCUUUUUUACCCAUGGCAGGACUGGGCACUUGGAGUCCUGCAUGCCAAAAUCAUUGCAGCUAUAACAUUGAUGGGUCCUCAGUGGUGGUUGAAAACUGUGAUUGAGCAGGUUUAUGCAAAUGGCAUCCGAAACAUUGAUCUUUACUAUAUCAUUCGUAAACUGGCAGCGCCUGUGAUUUCUGUGCUCUUGCUGUCCCUGUGUGUACCUUAUAUCAUCGCAUCUGGCAUUGUUCCUUUACUAGGUGUUACUGCAGAAAUGCAAAACUUGGUCCAUCGGCGGAUUUAUCCAUUCUUACUGAUGGUUGUGGUAUUGAUGGGGAUCUUGUCAUUCCAAGUCCGCCAGUUUAAGCGCCUUUAUGAACAUAUUAAAAAUGACAAGUAUCUUGUGGGCCAGCGCCUUGUGAACUACGAACGGAAAUCUGGCAAACAAGGCACAUCUUCGCCACCUCCACAGUCGUCCCAAGAAUAA